GGCCAGACCAAUAAGAAACCUUCCACUCAGGGUCGCCAUCGGAUUGCUGAAAAAGAAACCGAGGACUAUAGAAGAGGAUAAAUGCCGGGGAUAUUUAAGAAAACGUGCUCCGCAAAUUGUGGAGAUUUUAAUUAGUAAUUUUUUUUUUAAGGAAAGGAUGUACCUUCGUUAAAAAAAAAAUUAGAUACGAGAUGGACCAGCCAUUGACGCCGUUAAGGCAAGGUCGGUGCACUCCACCUGAUGGUCCCUCGCAGCAGAGGACCAUCAAAAAGUCUCGGAAUAAAAUAUGAAUGGAUGGAGAAACGUUUCAUGCCUUUGCUCCAAAUUAGAGACCGUUCUCCGGCGCUCGGCACCUGCGGUAAAAACGGGAACCGCUUACAAAAUGGCGAGCACUUCCAUGGUCGAUAAAAGAGCGAGGAACGGAGUAUCGUCCCAUGGUAAAACUAUGAGCCCAUUUCCACGGGGCGAGAAGCUCCGUAAUCGAUAAGAAGGAUGGGAACGUAAGUGAAACGCCACCCAACUGUGGAGAGAUAAACUACCGGCAAUGGUCGAUAACACCCACGAGCGGUAGAGAUGAGAGUUCGCUAUUUUUAAAAUGUGAACUUUUUCAAACGUAUGGAAUACUUCUAUUUCCAUUUUUAUCGAGAAUAAGUAAUGACCCCCGGAAAGUAUGCCAAUGGCGCUGUGAACUGUAAUUCAAGUUUUCUCCCCCGUAUCGUCCGAUGUGGCGGCGAAUACGAUAUUAAAUCUAUUUUGGAAACGGCCCGAUCCCCUCUUGAAGGAGACGUUUAUUAGCACCAAAGGGUCUCAUAUUGAAGUUCUGUUCGCCGCGAUGCUUUCGGCGCGUCAAGUGACAUUACUCCUGACCCUCGCAGCUGUCUUGCUCGAUUGCACUUGCAAUACCGAAGGACCCGUGCAAGAGGCCUCUGGACACGAGGUGAAGCGAAACGGAAGUGACGUCACCGAGACGCAUCAUGCAACGUGUACCAUCUCGACGGAAGAAUUAGUCGCAAAAGCUCACACUACGUUCACAAAGGUGCUUUCGGGUGCUUGCAAUGAACGAACUGUGCGCGAGCAAAUCGACGACUUGAAGGAGGUCCUGGAAGAGCAGUUGGAUGAAAUUAGAAAAAUGCUAAGAAUAAUCAUGAAGCAGGAGAAUGUGAAUUUUCCUCUAGAUCAGAAGGAAACCUCUCAUAGGGUGAAACUCGAAAAAUUUGAACGAACCUCGUCUGAAAACUCUGAAGGCAACGAAAAUGCAUCGAAUCGAUACGCGUCGCCUCGACUGAGAGAGAUCAAGAAGUACAAUAACACGAUACAGCAAAUUAUUACAGAAAACAAGGAACCUGUCAAAAUGUUCUCCUGGUACUGGCGAGUAUCAGACUUAUCGAAAAAGCUGUCUCAGUGGGAACUGGGCCGAUCACAGCGCAGCCCGACAUUUUACGUAAAUUCUGCUGGAUAUGCUCUGUAUCUGAAAAUUACCCCAAGAUCAUUCCUGGAUGAAUCUCUUUUCGUGACAAUGGGGGUGACUAGGGGACGACACGACCCUAUCCUGAAAUGGCCCUUUCCCCUUAAACUUCGCAUUGAGAUCCUGGAUCACUCUACGGAAGGACGUCGGGAAGAUCGCACCUCUCCGAUUUGGGAUCCUCGAGAGUUUUGCUCCGAAUAUUUCUGGACGCGGCCUAAAAUUACCGCUGAACCCGACAAUCCUGAUUGCCUCGGACUAAACUUGCCGAGGAAAGUACUUUUUACAAAAUCUGCCCCAAAACGCAGCAAGUACGUAUGGGAUAAUAGUUUAAUAAUUAAGCUAUCAGUGUAUCUCUAAAAGUGGCAAAAAUACCAAUGCAAAUCGGUACCUAGAUUUGG